AUGCGCGUAUCAAUCACCUUAGUUUCUGCCGUGCUAUUGGCAUUGGAGAAUACUUCAGCAUGGCUUACUCCACAUGUUUCGCCUUCGCCCAUAAGGGCCAGAAGUUGGGAGACGAGUCCAACUUGUAGCAGGACAAAGCAAGAGCAACGAAGAAAUCGCCGAUUGUUGAUGGCUGAUGUUGACACUGGCGAUGAUUCCACGCUGGCUGACGAAGAAUGGAGCGUGAUUGCAAAUCUGUACCAGCAAGCAGCAGGAAAUCCAAGUACACUGAGUAAGCUAGUCCUUGAGGCUUUGCCUACUUUAAACCCUUCGUUAAUCAUGAAACUUCGUGGUGCCAUCCUGGACUCUCGUGAUGAGUUUGUUGCAGUCCAGAAUGCAUUGAACUCUGUGCUGGAUGCUCGACUUGCUGGUGCUCGGGAUGUCUUGUUCGAAUUUUUGAAUGCAGGAGAGAUCCGAAAACUUGAUUCCCUGAUCGGAAAGGCUGCGAGAGAUGGAAAACUAGACGUCGCAUUCUUCCAAGUCCUGAACAUGAACUUGCAAGACGCUUCACAAGAACAGGCCGACGACGGAGAUGAGAAUACUGCUAACAGAUUCCAAAUAUUACAACACAUCUACACGCGAUGCCAAGAGGAGGUCGAGAAGACCAUCCCUCCAGGUGUUGCGCUUCUCAAUAAGCUCCUUCGAACAGAUUCUCCAUCCAUUCGGUCCAACCAAUUGGUACACUAUCUCUGCCCCCAGUCCAAUGUCAUUACUGCACCAGAUGGCAAAGAGGUCAAGCUGGAAGGCAGAGAAAAAAUCCUCGUGUCACACGCUGACUUUGUGGGUGCCAUUGGCAACGCCGUAAUACAAAUUCGAAACGUGGAGAAAGCUGGUGCAGCCAAUCGUGAAGUAUCAGCGAAUAUGGUCGAGGCGGUUCGAACGGUGGCAAAAGAAGCCCGCGUUACGAUUGCUGAUAAGUUUGGGGUUGAAAGUAAGGAACUACAGGAUUUUGAGGCUGGUUUGAUGCCGGUCUUCCGACCAUCUUCCCCAGAAAGUUCGUACAUCAAAGGCGAAUAA